CCACCACAAAGCCGCACUUCACCCGGAAGAGGAGCGAGGUUAACAACGGCGGAGACAUUUGUUGUGGAGGGUCGGCGGCGUUUCUGAAGUAAUUCAUAUAAUCCAAUAAAUAACCAGCUCCCAGCGGAGGUGCUUUCUUCCCGGCGGGUUUAGUGUCGCUGAGCAUACGCUAGAGAUGUCGGUCCCGCCUCCCAGCCGCUCGUCCACCGGCUGGCCGCGCAGCGCUCCCGUCCAGUUUGGGAACAAAUACGGGCCCGCGAAGCCGCUCACACUGGAGAGGACCAUCAACCUAUACCCCCUCACCAACUACACAUUCGGUACCAAGGAGCCGCUGUAUGAGAAGGACAGCUCGGUGGCAGCCCGGUUCCAGCGGAUGCGGGAAGAAUUUGAUAAGAUGGGGAUGCGGAGGACAGUGGAGGGUGUCCUCAUUGUCCAUGAACACAGACUGCCUCAUGUGUUACUCCUGCAGCUGGGCACAACUUUCUUUAAACUGCCCGGUGGAGAGUUGAACCCUGGGGAAGAUGAGGUGGAGGGUCUGAAGCGCCUGAUGACUGAGAUCCUUGGACGGCAGGAUGGUGUGAAGCAGGACUGGGUGAUCGAUGAUUGUAUUGGUAACUGGUGGCGCCCCAACUUUGAGCCUCCACAGUAUCCCUAUAUUCCAGCUCACAUCACUAAACCUAAAGAGCAUAAGAAGCUGUUCCUGGUCCAGUUGCAGGAAAAAGCACUGUUUGCCGUGCCCAAAAACUAUAAACUGGUGGCUGCACCAUUGUUUGAACUGUAUGACAACGCUCCUGGAUAUGGACCAAUCAUUUCCAGUCUACCACAGCUGCUGAGCAGGUUUAACUUCAUCUACAACUAACUCGAAUGAUCAGAAGUACAUGUGGCCGUCUCUGUGAGUGCGGCCCGCAGUGUGGAGAAAAAAAGACUUCAGCCUCAGCACCAUCUUUCACAAAACAAUGCUUGUCAUGUCAGGUAUAUCUGCAGACCGCAGGGGUGUUUAUACUGUUUAAGAAGACUAUGAACAUGUCUUUUUUUUCUUUCUUUCUUUUUAACCUUGAGAAACUGCUAGUUGUUGUAGUCUGCAGGUCUGUAUUCCAGUGCGUUAAAAAUCUGAUUUUAUGUCCUCUCGAAGGAGGCCAAUGUUUGAUUAAACAAGCUGAAACAUUGA